AUGAAGAAAACAGAGCUGGUUUUUGUUCCUGCACCAGGCAGAGGCCACACAGCAUCCAUAAUCGGGUUCGCAAAGCAGCUUCUUCAAAGAGAAGAACGCAAAUCAGUAACUGUUCUAGUCAUAAAGCGGGCUACUCCACCUAAACUUGAUUCAUACAUUGAAAAAUUAGCGGCCGCCAAUUCUAAUAUCCGAUUCAUUAACCUCCCUUCUGUUGAUCCACCCAUGGGAGGUUUUGAGCAUCCCCAGAUAGCAGAGAUGGCGGCUGCUCUGGAGCGAAGUGGAUAUAGAUUCUUAUGGUUGCACGGGCGGCAGCACCAAAGGAAUUCAGUGCAAAGCGACUUGUGGAAUGGUGUGCCAAUUGCAACAUGGCCUGUAUACGCUGAACAACAAUCUAAUGCUUUUCAAUUAGUAAAAGAUUUGGAAUUAGCCAUGCAGUUGACCUUAGACUACCGUUUUAAGAAUCCUCAUAAGCUUGUACCAUUUAAUGAGAUAGAGAAGGCCAUAAGGUGUUUGAUGGACGAUGAAAAUCCUGUGCGAAGGAGAGUUAAGGAGAUUGGAAAGAAGGCUAUAGAAGCAUUGAUGGAUGGUGGCUCUUCUUUCAUUUCACUUAGACGUUUCAUUGAAGAUCCUUUGGUAGCGCAAAAAUGA